ACAAAAUAAGGCGCUGUCUUGUUUUUGGGUUCCUUAGUCCUUACCUUCUACUGCUACUUCUUCUCCUUCUGCAAAUUUCCUUGCUAGGUGUUUGAAGGGUAUCAGCAUUUGGAGAGGUCUGUGACACAUGAAGAUGCCAACUUUUCUUCUUCCCUUCUCUGGAGUUACAGAAAUCAUACUCCAAUUUCCGAAGUGGUUAUUUGUUUCUGCUGUUUAUGAUGUCCUUAUCCCUUACUUCCCUGGCGGCAUUCAUUUUGCUGCUGGCAUUGUGUAAUGCAGUCAGAAUAUAUGGAGAAGAAAGCAAUGGACAGUGUGAUUAUAAGUUGACAUUGGACCCUAGGCCACACAGUGUGUCAAUCUUGGAAUUUGGUGCUGUUGGAGAUGGCAAAACGUUGAAUACCCUUGCCUUCCAAAAUGCCAUUUUCUAUCUUAAAUCCUUUGCAGACAAGGGCGGUGCACAGCUCUAUGUGCCUCCAGGAAGGUGGCUUACUGGAAGUUUCAAUCUUACCAGUCAUCUCACUCUCUUCUUGGAAAAGGGUGCUGUCAUUCUUGGAUCUCAGGAUCCACUUCACUGGGAUGUUGCUCAGCCAUUGCCUUCUUAUGGUCGAGGAAUUGAACUUCCUGGAGGAAGAUACAGAAGUUUGAUAAAUGGGUAUAUGUUACGUGAUGUGGUCAUAACAGGUGAUAAUGGAACCAUAGAUGGCCAAGGGUCAGUUUGGUGGGAUUGGUUCACCUCUCAUUCCUUAAAUUAUAGCCGACCUCACCUUGUGGAAUUUAUUUCAUCUGAAAAAAUACUUGUAUCAAACAUUACAUUUCUGAAUGCUCCAGCUUAUAACAUUCAUCCAGUCUAUUGCAGCGAUGUACAUAUUCAAAAUGUAUCAGUUUAUGCUCCACCAGGAUCCCCGUAUACUGUCGGUGUUGUUCCAGAUUCUUCUGAUAAUGUCUGCAUUGAGGAUUGUGGCAUCAGCAUGGGCCAUGAUGCCAUAGCCCUUAAGAGUGGUUGGGAUGAGUAUGGCAUUGCUUAUGGCAGGCCUACCACAAAGGUACACAUCAGAAGGGUCCACCUUCAAUCAUUCUCAGGCUCUUCCAUUGCCUUUGGUAGUGAAAUGUCUGGUGGCAUUUCUAAUAUUCAAGUGGAGCAGGUCCACCUGUACAACUCAUUAAGUGGAAUCGAGCUAAGAACAACCCGUGGAAGAGGUGGUUAUAUUAAGGAGAUCAUUGUAUCAGAUGCUGAUAUGCAAAAUGUUGAGACGGCUUUUGGUGCCACGGGCUAUUGUGGGGUACAUCCAGACGAUAAAUUUGAUCCCAGUGCACUUCCAACUCUGGAUAAGGUCACCUUUCAGAACAUCAUUGGCACAAACGUCACUAUUGCUGGAAACUUCACAGGAAUUGAAGAAUCUGCCUUUACUUCUAUAUGUCUCUCCAACAUCUCCUUGUCAACGAUUCCAACCUCGCCCACUACUUGGGAAUGUUCAUAUGUGUCUGGCUUUUCAGAGUCUGUGUUCCCUGAACCAUGUCCUGACCUCAAGAAUUUGAAUACUUCAUCGACAUGCUUUUCCCUCAUUUCCCUACUGAACUCAGAUGGUAGAAGCGCAGUCUUAUAAUGCCAUUUCCUUGAGACUAAAAACACCUCAGAAAAUUGCAUUUUCUACCAUUUCCCAUCUGAGAAUGGGUCAGAUUCUUUUCACCAAUAAGACAAUGUCCAGAAUACCUGUUUCUUCACCCCUUCCAUUCAUAUUUUCUUGCAUGUUGCAAUGUCCAGCUUAUUUGUACAGCUUCAUUUCUUCAUUCUUGUCUAAGGAAAUUUUGGUAGUGGUGGGUAUAAAGUACAAAAAUGGGGGUCUUGGAUAUUUUCUUAGCAUUUAUCUGUUGAAUUCCAUUCUUCCAUUUUAUGUUUAUAGUUCUGCUGAAGUGAGUAAUGAUCUC